GUACGACUUGUCGGUUUUACAACCUAACUAACUUUAGUUAGUAGCUAACUACUAACUGACUGCUGUCUAACUGCUGUUUAACUCUGUACGUGGAAUAAACCUUCAGAAAGACAGUCGAGUUGUACCCGCCGUACUUGUUCUGGUUACCCUUUCCAUAAACAUUUCCCUGUGUUGUGAGAUGAGAGCUAUAGUUUGCACUCUGUUUCUCUCGGGCCUGCUGUGUGACAGCUGUGUGAGAGCUGAAAACACUCUUAGCAGCCUUAAAGCAGCUGCAGUUGCAUGGCCAGGGGAGCUGCCAUGCAGAAAGUGGGACUGCGAGUGUGCAUUCAAGCGCCAGCGAGGCUGCUGCUGUGCCAACAAUCAGCUGCAGGAAGUGGAGAAUAAAAUCUUCACGAGAAUAAUGGACCUGUCAGAGAAAAUAUCUCAGCUGGCUGACAACGUGCUGGAAGUCAUAGGUGACGUAAAGAUUGCAUUCACUGCCUCCAUGAGCCCCAGAACAAACUGCUUUGGACCUUUCAACAGAAACAGUCCCAUUCCUUAUGAUGUCAUUACCCUCAACCAGGGAGACGGAUAUAACGCUGCUCUGGGGACAUUCACGGCACCUCGUUCCGCACUGUACUCCUUCUCCUUUUCCGUCUACUCCAAGGUGGGCGUGGCGGGUAAGAAGUUGUACUACAAAGUGCAACUCAUGCAAAAUGGGGAGGCUGUGGCCUCCACCUGGGAGGACAACUAUGAAGACUCAGAGGACAGCGGCACACAGACCGUCCUGCUGUCGCUGCAGAAGGGAGGACAGGUCUAUGUAGAGCUACUGAGUGGCAGGCAGCUGUGUGGGAGCGGUAUAGGCCUGAACACCUUCUCUGGCUCUUUGAUUUACCCCACCGAGCCUUAACAAAAACUUGCAUCAGUGUCGUCAAUCAGUAGAGCUGACAAGAUCACAUGGAAGAGAAUGAUGAAUGCAAACAUUUUAAAAUGCAAAUUGCUUGAAUGUACCUGCACAGUGUAAACUUUUUUUUUAGGUAACGUUAUUAAAAAUGUAUUCAGAUGCAAAUU